UUCAGGCGGGAAGAUGGCUGCCGUUGCUGCUGCUGCGCUCUUUGAGCGGCUCAAGGAACUGGGCUGCCCUGCACUGGAGGGUGUCUACCUGUCAGAGGCUAAAGACAUGCAGAAGUUGCUGUGUACCCCCUCAGCCCAUCGCCUGGAUAUAUUGGAAUGGAUCUGCAUCAAGGUGUAUCCACCUCUCCGAGAGCAGUUCUCAUCUCUCAAGGAAUCGCAGUCAGAUUUAAAGAUAAAAGGAAUAGCGAAGCUGGGAUACGACCUCUGGCUUUCUCGAGCCGAUGACCUGGAUCUCAUCGAGGGAAAGGCCUGUGCCCAGAAGCAGCUUAGCUUCCUGCAGCAGCUCGUGGCUGCAAUUCCACAUGAGGGUCAUUUCACAGUAUCGGACUCUUCUUCCAGCACAGUGGAAUAUUUCCAAGAGAUGGCUAUCAAGAGUGAAGAAUUCUUGAAGCAGGUUUUCUGCAGCCCUGAUCUACAGGCUGUGUUGAACCCGAAGUGCCAUCCCUGGAGCCCAGACAUCAAGCGUCUCCUGGUGGACAAAGACACCCUGCAGGAAAGCACAGAGGAAUCUUUCCAAGAGAUAGCUAACAAGAAUGAAGAAUUUGUGAAGCAGGUUUUCUCCAGCUCUGAUCCACAGGCUAUGUUGAACCCGGAGUGCCAUCCCUGGAGCCCAGACAUCAAGCCCUUCCUGGUGGAUGAAGACAUCUUGGAGGAAAGGACCCUGCCAUCAGCGACUUCCCAUGAGAGAACCCUGUUGGAUUCUUUGAAGGAGCUGGAAGAGAGGUCAGCCGCCCUAGAAGAUCUAAGAGCGCAGUGUCCCUUCCUGCAGGGGGACCCGGCUGGUGCAGAUGCCUCCCGCGAUGGUGCCAUGGCCCUGCAGACACUCCAGCUGCUCGCUUCCGACUUCAGCCAGCUGCUUGUGGCCUUUGAGCAGGUGUAUGAGGAUGAGCUGCAGCAGUAUUGUGAUCGCCCUACUCCCCAGCUGAACCCAUGCGGCCCCCUCUUCCAAGCGGUGCACCGGGGCCUGCUGCUCUGUGUGCAGGAGCUGCAAAGUCUGGCCCAGGUUACAGAAACGUCUGAGCAUGUUAUGGAGAAGGUGAAGGCACAGCAUGGUGAGGAGGUGGAUUGGAGCGGCAGUGUCAAGGCCACGCUACCUUCAAAACUGGAAGAGCUGCAGCAGAAAUACAAGGCCAUCCAUGCCAUGCUCGAGGAUUGCCAGUGACCCUGAUCUCUGGUGGACUGCAAACUCUAGGUUCCUUUGGGCAGGAGGAAAAAGCUCCCACCUUGACAUGGACUUCAGAGGAGAAGGGCCUGCAAAAACAUGCAUGGCAUUCCCAAAUGUAAAUACGUUGGGCGGUGGGGUUGUGAAGGGUUACAAAUAAAGAGCAUUUUCAUACAUUGUCCGUAUUUCAGUGACGGGAGAAAACUCUCUUUCUCUCUCUGUAGUUGUCUGGUCUGCCAGGUGCGGUUUUCGCUCCGUGUGAUUGGAAAUAACAGGGAUUCUCCCUAGCGUGACGCUCCCCCUCCCAAGUGCUUUAUCUGCCCUGAAUCCUCCGCAGUAGGCCAACGUAUGGGGCAGGCGAAGCCGACCUGACCAAGACAUAGCGGGAUGAUCGCUCCUCUGCCUUGUGCGUUGGUCAGAGCAGCUUCAGGGCACGCAGCCUUUCUCCGGUUGGGUCAGUAAUCGUGAGAUGACACUUAAAGCUUACCAGGGCUGCUGUAUUUUCCUGAUACAAAAGUGUCUUUGGUGUAUAGCCAUCUUGUACCCAUCGCCUUGAUCUGCCACUCAGAUUUCACAUUUGAAGGAGAAGCUAUU